CAACCACCGCCGACAAGAAAAAACUCGCAUGUGAUAUUGUAUCUACAUUUCCAGUGCUGAGGAUGACGAAAAUAACUGAAGACGCUCCUGACUAUUCAUAUUUCUUUUGGAAGUAUUCCGGAAAAGGACCAGGAAAUGGACAUUCAGGACUGAUUUUCUCGCACCUACGGAAUGCAAGUAAAAGCAUUUCACCAUCCAAACGAAAAUUUACUCAUCGUGCAAAGAAGAACGACAUUGUUAGCAUCUCGUCAGAAAUCGUUGGUUUGUCGGAACAGUGCGCACAAAUCGAGGCAACGUCGGCCAAUUUUAUGAAUAUCACAAGAAUGAUGAUAACAAUUCAACCACUGCACAACAUGCUGAUCGACAGCAAAAAAGGAGUAUCUUCUAUACUUCAAGUGUUACCUCAUUAUAAAUCAUACAAUGGAGCCAUGAUUCGCCAAGCAUAUGAACGUAUGAAUCCGAGUUUCUUCAAGGAAGCCGAUCUAAGAAAGUUAUUUUCGUUGGGUCUGAUGCUUGAAAAGGAUACGUAUGCAAUGGUUCAUGAUGAUCACAUUCGUGGAUGCUUGCGUAUUAUGGGGCGAUUGACUAGAAAAGGUGUUAAAAAGUUACGUCCUGUCAUUGAAGUAGAACCCGAAGAAGAACUUGCAUCUCCAUUGAUUCGUUUCAUUUCGGAAUCGCCUUCAGCUUUGGCUGAGCAGCUAGCAAGAUAUGCAGCCUACGACUUUGAGAACGACCAGAAAGUACCACCGCAUCUAAUCAACCAAGACGAAUAUAGGUACUCUAACAGUUCUUAA